GAUCCUCUUGGUUUCAGAGAAGACAGCAGAGGGUGUUUGCUGUGUGAAAAUGAAGGUGAGCCUUGAAGGGAAGAAGGUAAUCUUAGUACCAUACAUGAAAGAGCACGUAGACAAGUACCAUGAAUGGAUGCAAGACCCAGCCCUUCUUGAGGCCACAGCUUCUGAGCCCCUCACUCUUGAUGAAGAAUAUGAUAUGCAGCUGUCUUGGACCCAGGAUCCCUUCAAACAAACUUUUAUAAUCCUGGAUAAGGAAUUGGUUGUUGGAGAGUUUGUUCAUGGAGAUCCCCAUGUUGAAGCCAUGGUUGGUGAUGUCAACAUAUACAUGAAUGACUUGGAUGAUGCUGAAAUGGCUGAGAUUGAGAUAAUGAUAGCCGAGACAAAAAGUCGUGGCAAAGGGCUUGGGAAAGAAUCAGUUCUCAUGAUGAUGGCAUUUGCAGUUGAGAAUUUCGGCAUCCAUUUAUUUCGUGCUAAAAUUGGGGACUCAAAUAGAGCUUCUAUAAGUCUAUUCCAGAAACUGGGCUUUGAGAAGACUUCUCAUAGUGAAAUCUUCCAAGAGGUAACCUUCGAGCUACCAAUAACAGAGUCAAAGUGUGAGGAGCUUCAUCGGUUAACUGCUUGCCAGACAUGAUACACAGUAGUUACAUCUUCUAGUGGCCCCAAAACUGCAAAUAUGGUCAUCUCAUUGUCUAAAUAUUCUGCGGAGAUGUUUGAAACCUGGAAGCUGAGGCUGCCUGGCAGCAGUGAAGGACUGUAACUGGUUAUUGAUGUCGGAUAAGCUGUCAUGCUGCCAUUUGUGUUGCGGAAAGCUACAAGUGCUUGUGAUCCAACCAUGCCUGCCCUAGAAGGGUUAAUUGCCCAUGCAAUCCACCCCUGUGAACUUUGUUUGGCCCUGUAUGCUAAUGAAAUCUUUCCAGUUGAUGGGGUGUAAUUCCAGUGGAGAUGAGCUUCCAGGUAUGGAAGGUCAAUGCAAGACGUGUAGCUUCUCUUAGAUGUGAAAGUGAGGCUUGAACAUGUUUGAGCAGAGGAUAUGAGUAAGAGGGGAGAAAGAGUGCAGAAAAACAAGAUUGCCAGUGAGCCUGAAGCCAUUUGUGUAGAGGUAAACUAUACCAGGAACCGAAACUUUUUGGUAAAUUAGUGUUGAAUGUUGGUAUUUGAUGGAGGUGAGUUGAAUUUUAGGCCUUAUAAAAGGAAUGAAAGGGGAAUAAGCUGGUUGUUGCUACAAUAUGGACCGAGUACUUGGCGGGUUUCAUUUUGACCAA